ACGAACAUGACGCUAUAUCGCUACCCUACAGUCGGUGUACUUCACUGGACUUUCCACGACAGUUUCCCAACUUUCCCUCCCCAGACACAGUCACAGCUUCGGCGAGAUGUCUAUCAUUAAGUCACCGCUCCCCGACGUCACCAUUCCUGACGACUUGGCCUUGGUGGAUUACUUAACGGCAGGUUUCGACGCCUAUGGAGACAAGGUCGCGUUGGUCGACGGCCCCACGGGCAGAUCCUAUACUUUCUCUCAGCUGAAAGUUCUGUUCCGUGUGUGCGGUAGCGCCCUCACACGUUUGGGGUUCAAACAGCAUGACGUGUUCGCCAUCUACAGCCCCAACCUGCCGGAGUUUGCCAUCAUUUUCUUCGGUGUCAUCGGGAUUGGAGGCACCGUGACGACGGUCAACCCUCUGUACACGGCAGAUGAGCUGGCCCACCAGCUGCAGCAGUCCGGAGCCUCCUAUGUCAUCACUGUCCCCAUGUUUGCUGACAAGGCAAAACAGGCCAUGGACAAGUGUGAGAAGAUCAAGGACGUGUACGUGUUCGGAGAGGCUGAGGGCUGCACGCCGUUCUCCUCCCUCCUGCGGGACGACGGCUCAGCCUUCCCGGCGGACGUGCAGGUCAACCCGCGGGAGGACGUGGCGGUGUUACCGUACUCCAGCGGCACCACGGGGCUGCCCAAGGGCGUCAUGCUCACACACUACAACCUCAUCGCCAACCUGGAGCAAAUGAGACAGAAGAGUCUGAGUCUGGACCCGAACACGGACGUCCUGAUCGCACUGCUGCCGUUGUUCCACAUCUAUGGCAUGGUCGCCAUCUUGGGUGUCGGUCUGGUCCAAGGGGCGAAGGUUGUGAGUCUGCCUAAAUUCGAUCAAGAGCUCUUCCUGAAGUGCAUCCAGGACCAUAAGGUGACUCGCGUGUCUUGUGUGCCUCCUGUCGUCCUGUUCCUGGCCAAACACCCGCUGGUGGACAAGUACGACUUCUCUCACGUGAAGGAGCUGGUGAACGGCGCCGCGCCGCUCGGCAGGGAGCUGGCACAGGCGGUCGUCACCAGGCUGAAGCACCCCACCAUCCGGCAAGGGUUCGGGAUGACGGAGGCCAGUCCCGUCACCCACAUUGUCAUGGAGGGAGAGGACCUGCCAGGCUCGAUCGGACAGCCCCUGCCAAACACUGAAUGCAAGAUAGUGGACAUCGAGUCGGGUAAGCUGCUGGGGGAGGGUGAAGACGGUGAGCUGUGUGUGAGGGGUCCUCAGGUGAUGAAGGGUUAUCUGAACAACCCGGAGGCCACGGCCAACACCAUCAAGGACGGCUGGUUACACACAGGUGACAUCGGACAUUACGACGGCACCGGGAAUUUCUACAUAGUAGACCGUCUUAAGGAACUCAUCAAGUACAAAGGGUAUCAGGUUCCCCCCGCCGAGCUGGAGGCGAUGCUGCUGACCCACCCGGACCUGCAGGACGCGGCGGUGGUCGGCGUGCCCGAUCCCGAGGCCGGCGAGCUGCCCAAGGCUUACGUCGUGAAAAAGGCGGGCUCAAACGUCACAGGGGAGCAGGUCAUGGACUACAUCGCAGGAAAAGUUGCUCCAUACAAGAAGAUACGUUUUGUUGAGUUCACGGAUGAGAUCCCCAAAUCUGCCAGCGGGAAGAUCCUCCGUAAGGUGCUGAAGGAGAAGGAGGUUGCGAGGCACAGGGAAAAGUGACUCGUGUUGUUGGAGGCUGAACCUACGCCCAGCUAUGCCUGUUCAGCUUGUUCUUAACGUAAACAUUGUGUGAGAGGAUGGACAUUUUACUCUAGAACUGCAAAACAUUUAUGGCAGCAUGGCCGCGACAAGAGAAUGGCAAAAUCUCCCGCUUCAAUAAGUUAGAUCUAUAGUAAUGUGAUGCCAUACAGCAGCAUUGCACCUUGUUAGCUUUCUUUUUUAUGUAUGCAAGGUCACCAGUUUCUGCGACUAGGCCCGAGGGCACUCACUCGAUGGUUACAUGAAUAAGACUGUUACAGCAUCUCUUUUUCCUCAUUAGAAGUUCACUGAGACUGAUAACUAACUUAUACUAUCACGCAAAAAGAAAAGCAGGGGUUACGAAGGCUGUUCGAGAACAGACUCAUCCCCCUUACCCCAUUUCGAUACUGUAGGAUUUUGAUCCACACAUACACCCGGAUGGACCCCGCCUCUUAUCUUAUCUUAUGCCUGUGAAUGGAAACGUUGUCUGACAUGUCUGAAAUACACCCCAGUGUUCAUUCCUUUUCUGUA